ACAAAGAUGGCCACGUCAGACUUAUUUGCUAAUUAUGAACAAGAUUUUACUUCAAUUGUAGAUUCUAUAAAGAGCAAGAUAGAGAAACAGAUACCGAAUCAAAAAGGAGAGGAAAGGAAAGCAACUAUUCGUGCAGUAGAAAGAGAACUGGACGAAGCAGAUGAAAUUUUGGGACAAAUGGAAAUGGAAGUAUUGAAUGUUCCUACACCUUCACGUACUCGCUUACAAGCAAAAUUAAGACUUUACAAGUCUGAAGUAGAGAAAUUAAAGAGAGACUUGAGACGAACAACGGCCAUUAUACCUAAAAAUACAGACAGAGAAGAAUUACUUGGCGGUCUGGGAAAUAAUGAUGAUCUUCAGAGUGACUAUGAUGCAUCCACUAUGGACCAACGACAACGAUUGUUGAGUGGAACAGAACGUCUUGCACAGUCAAGCCGUCGCUUAGAAGACAGUCAUCGCUUGGCAUUAGAGACAGAAGGUAUUGGAAUCAAUAUUCUUAGCACAUUAAAAGGUCAACGUGAGACAUUGAUAAGAGCAAGAGAUACACUUGCAGAAGCUGAUUCACACAUCGAUAAGGCUUCAAGGACCUUAAAAGGCAUGGCUAGACGGUAA